UUUUGGAAGGUCUCCAGGAUGAACCGCGGCCUGUGGGGACUUGUCCUCGCAACGGGGUGUGUCUGGAGUCUAUACCACUGAUUCCAGUCAUUCUCGAACUGCUCAAUCGACUUGUUCUCGCCUUCCACGACCCUCCCGCUGUGUUAGCUUUUCAUUAGCUAUGGAUACUCCCUCUGAUCUCCCCCAGCCACCUCAGAUCUUGCUUGAUUCUCUCUUCGCAUCUUCCAGCGACUUGCCUGGGAUUUCUUUGUAUACAGGAGAUGACGCCGUCAAGAUUCCUACUCCAAUUCUCUCCGACGAUUCUAGACCAUAUGUCACACUCACUUUUGCUCAGUCCCUGGACGCCAAGAUUGCAGGAAAAGACGGCAAACAGCUGGCCUUGAGCGGCAAGGAAAGCCUCAUCAUGACACACUGGAUGAGAACGAUGCACGAUGCUAUCAUGGUCGGGAUCGGUACGGCGCUCAAUGACAAUCCUCAGUUGAACACCCGGCAUGUUCCGUCUCUUCCCGAAGGACACCUUCACAAGUAUCAUCUUCCGCGCCCAGUCAUUCUGGAUGCGGAUCUGCGUCUUUUCCCCAAGUGCAAGCUCCUGAACAAUUUUGCGGAGGGCCAAGGAAGGAGGCCUUGGGUUAUUGCCGUCCCUCCGACAAAAAACUGUGCCGACUGGGGAGUUCGGAAGCACGAUCUAGAGAUCGCGGGCGCGAGAAUCAUAGAAGUAGAUGGCGACAACGGUCGGGUAUCCCUCCCAUCAAUGCUGAAAACGUUGAGAAAGCUCGGCAUCAGGUCGCUCAUGGUCGAAGGCGGCGCCCGUGUCAUACAGUCCUUCCUCGCCUCAACAGAGAAGACGCCGCUGGUUGAGACAGCGAUCAUUACCGUUGCACCAGUCUUCGUUGGAGACGAGGGUGUAGGUUAUGGCCAAAGCCUGUCAGGGACCCCAGUUGGAAAGCUUCAGCAUACCCAGACUAUACUAUUUGGCCGUGAUGUUGUUUUUUCACUGAAAUCUACUUAGUAAGAAUGUAGACGGAUCCCGCGUCCUGCGUUAUCAUCUAUCCUUAUAC